GUCCGCUGGCGGAGAAACAGUCCGGGUUUGAACUGUUUAUGCCUACGCCAGUCUUAACGCUUUCACUUGGUGCGACUCUGCGCUCAGCUUCUCUCUGAACCUCUUGGAUCGAUGGCCGGGAGUCUGAAGCUUACACAUCUGCUCUACCGGACCUUCUCACAUGAUCUGCGCCUGGUUCCCGAACUGGACUAAAAAAAAAAAAAAAACCAUGAAGGCGUGUGCGAUUGUCCUGAUUCUGGUCGUGCACAUUCACGCCGACAGCGUAGAGGGACCCACAGCAGGCUGUACAUUUGAUGAGGACUCUGACCCCAGCCUCUGCGAGUUCAGUCAGGGAGAGGAGGAUGAUUUUGAUUGGCAGCUGUUCCGCACCCACACCUUACCUCACGCUAUCCCUGAUCUUCUGCAUGGCUCUUACAUGAUAGUAAACUCUUCCCAGCAUGCCGCGGGCCAGAGAGCUCAGCUGCUGCUGCAGACGCUCAGCGAGAACGACACGCACUGCGUCCAGUUCAGCUACUUCCUGUACAGCCGGGACGGACACAGCCCCGGGGCGCUGCGAGCAUACGUGCGGGUGAACGGAGGGCCGCUGGGCAUGGCAGUGUGGAACGUCUCGGGCUCACAGGGUCGCCAGUGGUAUCAGGUGGAGCUGGCAGUCAGCACCUUUUGGCCCAACGAGUACCAGGUGUUGCUGGAGGCGACAGUAGACCGCUGGGGUUAUAUUGCCGUAGACGACAUCUUGCUGCUGAACUAUCCCUGCUAUAAAGCCCCCCACUUCUCUCGCCUGGGGGAUGUGGAGGUCAAUGCUGGACAGAACGCCACCUUCCAGUGUGUAGCAGCAGGAAGAGCAUCAGAGGCUGAGAAGUUUUUACUAGAGCGGCACAAUGGCGAGGUGUCCUCAGGUGGCUCAGUCAAGCACCUGGGCCGCAAUCGUUUUUCAGUGUCCUUCCAGCUGGAGGACGUCCAGAGGCCUGAGCAGGACCUUUACCGCUGUGUUACCCAGUCGACCAGAGGCUCUGGUGUUUCUAACUUUGCAGAACUCAUUGUCAAAGUGCCCCCCUCUCCCAUUGCUCCGCCCCAGCUGCUGAGAGCAGGUUCAACAUACUUAAUCAUCCAGCUCAACACCAACUCCAUCCUGGGAGACGGACCCAUCAUUCGCCGAGAGAUCGAGUAUAGAGCUAGUCAUGCACCUUGGUCUGAGAUCAACGGAGUAAACAUGCUGACCUACAAGCUCUGGCACCUGGAUCCAGACACUGAGUACCACAUUAGUGUACUGCUCACCCGGCCUGGAGAAGGUGGCACUGGACCCCCUGGACCUCCUCUUAUCAGCAGAACUAAAUGUGCUGAACCUAUGCGAGCACUGCGUGACCUGAGGGCUUCAGAGAUUCAAGCUCGGCAGCUCACUCUGCAGUGGGAACCUCUGGCUUUUAACCUCACACGCUGCUACACAUAUUCUGUCUCACUGUGCUACCGCUAUGCCAUAGCAGGGGGUACUGGUGGAGCUGGGCACAACACCACCAUUAGAGAGUGCCUAGCAGUGGAGCACAACACCUCACGCUUCACCCUCCGAGACCUGCCACCCUACCACACCAUCCACAUGCGCCUUGCCCUUGCUAACACUGAAGGCAAGAAGGAGGGGAAAGAGGUCAUGUUCCAGACCGAGGAGGACAUUCCUGGAGGAAUUGCCCCAGAGUCUCUAACCUUCACCCCGUUGGAUGACAUGGUCUUUCUAAAGUGGGAGGAGCCCGUGGAGCCUAAUGGUAUCAUUACUCAGUAUGAGAUUAGCUACCAGAGCAUUGAAUCCUCUGACCCCGGCAUCAAUGUGCCAGGUCCACGGCGUACUGUGUCCAAGCUGAGGAAUGAAACAUACCACAUGUUCUCAAACCUACAUCCAGGCACGACUUACCUCAUCUCAGUACGGGCGCGAACUGCCAAAGGUUUUGGCCAGACAGCUCUCACCGAGAUCACAACCAACAUCUCAGCACCUACCUUUGACUAUGGAGACAUGCCAGGUCCACUGAGUGAGACAGAGAACACUAUUACCGUGUUGCUGCGUCCCGCCCAAGGCCGCGGUGCUCCGGUCAGUACAUAUCAGGUAGUUGUGGAGGAGGAGAGUGGGCGGAAGUUGAAGAGAGAGUUGGGAAUGCAGGAAUGUUUUCCCGUUCCCACCUCUCACGGUGAGGCGCAGGCACGUGGCGCUCCACACUACUGCUCAGCUGAACUGCCCCCCAGCAGCCUGGCUGAGGCCACACCCUUUACUGUAGGGGACAACCACACCUACAAUGGCUACUGGAACAGCCCACUAGACCCCAGGAAAAACUACCUCAUCUACUUCCAGGCCAUGAGCAACUUCCGAGGGGAAACAAGGAUAAACUGCAUCCGAAUUGCCCGUAAAGCGGCCUGUAAGGACCUUCGGCGGCCUCUGGAGGUCACGCAGCACUCGGAGGAGAUGGGGCUGAUUCUAGGAAUUUGUGCAGGAGGGCUGGUGGUCCUUAUUCUGUUACUAGGAGCCAUCAUCAUCAUCAUUAAGAAAGGAAGGGACUACUACUCUUACUCUUACUAUCCUAGGAAGCCGGUGAACAUGAAUAAGACUCCCAUUACGUACAGGCAGGAGAAGAGUCAUAUGAUGGGCUCAAUGGAGCGCAGCUUUGCAGACCAGAGCACCCUGCAGGAGGAUGAGAGAAUGGCUCUGUCCUUUAUGGAUGCCCACACCUGCAGUACCCGGAGUGACCCACGCAGCUCCAUGAAUGAGUCCAGCAGCCUGCUUGGUGGAUCACCUCGGAGACAUUGUGGCAGUAAAGGUUCUCCGUACCACACGGGGCAGCUUCACCCUGCUGUGCGUGUAGCUGACCUUCUGCAACACAUCAACCAGAUGAAGACAGCAGAGGGCUAUGGAUUUAAACAGGAGUAUGAGAGCUUCUUUGAAGGUUGGGAUGUCACAAAGAAGAAGGAUAAAACGAAGGGAAGACAUGAUACUAUAAUGGACUAUGAUCGUCACCGUGUGAAGCUGCACCCUCUCCUUGGGGAUCCGAAUUCUGACUACAUCAAUGCCAAUUACGUUGAUAUUCGGAUAAACAGGGAAGGCUACCAUCGAUCCAACCAUUUCAUCGCCACACAGGGGCCCAAGCAGGAGACAGUGUACGAUUUCUGGAGGAUGGUGUGGCAAGAGAACUGCUUCAGCAUCGUUAUGAUUACUAAGCUUGUGGAGGUGGGCAGGGUUAAGUGCUAUAAGUACUGGCCUGAUGACACAGAGAUGUAUGGAGAUAUCAAGAUCAGCCUGCUGAAGACAGAAACUCUGGCUGAAUACGCAGUACGCACCUUCUCCUUAGAGAGGAGGGGUUACUCAGCCAAGCAUGAGGUGCAGCAGUUCCACUUUAUGUCAUGGCCAGAGCAUGGAGUUCCCUACCAUGCCACAGGCCUACUGGCCUUCAUCCGCCGGGUCAAAGCCUCUACACCAGCUGAUGCUGGCCCUGUGGUGGUUCACUGCAGUAUGGGGGCAGGCAGGACAGGCUGCUACAUUGUGCUGGAUGUCAUGUUGGACAUGGCGGAGUGUGAGGGAGUGGUGGACAUCUACAACUGUGUAAAAACUCUCUGUUCCCGCCGCAUCAACAUGAUUCAGACAGAGGAACAGUACAUAUUCAUUCAUGAUGCCAUCCUGGAAGCAUGCCUGUGUGGAGAGACAGCUAUACCAGUGAACGAGUUUGCACUCACAUACAAGGAGUUGCUAAGGGUUGACUCUCAGAGCAAUUCCUCACAGCUCCGUGAAGAGUUCCAGACACUAAACUCUGUGACACCUCACUUGGAUGUGGAAGAGUGCAGCAUCGCACUGUUACCACGGAACCGGGAGAAGAAUCGCAGCAUGGAUGUUUUGCCACCAGACCGUGCUCUGGCUUUCCUGGUUACCACAGAGGGCGAGAGUAACAACUACAUCAACGCUGCUCUCACUGACAGCUUCCAUCGGCCAGCAGCGUUCAUAGUGACACCUCAUCCUCUGCCUGGCACAACCACUGACUUCUGGAGGCUGGUGUUUGACUAUGGAUGCACUUCCAUAGUCAUGCUUAACCAGCUUAACCAGUCAAACUCAGCUUGGCCUUGUGUGCAGUAUUGGCCCGAGCCUGGUCUACAGCAGUAUGGCCCCAUGCAGGUAGAGUUUCUGUCCAUGUCUGCUGAUGAAGAUAUCAUCACACGUUUAUUCCGGGUUACAAAUGUCUCACGGCUACAGGAGGGUCAUCUGGUGGUGUGCCAGUUCCAGUUCCUGCGCUGGUCAGCGUAUCGUGAUGUUCCUGACUCCAAGAAGGCCUUCCUUAAUCUGCUUGCUCAUGUACAGAAGUGGCAAAGGGAAUGUGGUGAUGGACGCACUGUGGUCCACUGCCUUAACGGAGGUGGGCGUAGUGGCACAUUUUGUGCAUGUACUAUACUGAUGGAGAUGAUCCAGUACCAGAACAUGGUGGAUGUCUUCUAUGCCGCUAAAACGCUGCGAAACGCCAAACCCAACAUGGUGGAAUCACUGGAGCAGUACCGCUUCUGUUAUGACCUGGUGAUGGAAUAUUUGGAGUGCAUGGACCUCAGAUAGCAACAUAUCUCAACUGUCCUCUAAAUACAGAGGAGGACUGCUGGCAGAUUCACUUUCUCUAUUCUCACUAUCUCUGAGCUCUCUUUCCAUCUCUUUCCCUUUUCCCUUUUGUCAGCUCACUCACAUCAAAACUCUUACCUGGGAGGGGAAGAGCAGAAAAUAAACAUGUGAGCAGAAGCUUUCGCCUUUUCGCCCAGAAUGUCUAGAUGUGGUGGACCAUCCAUGUCCUAGUUGUUUGUGGUUUAGUGUUGUUUUGUCAGCAUCUUUUCCCCUCCUGUUCUCCCCUGAGCUCUGAGCAAUCCACUCAAAAUAACUCAAAGCCAGCUCUGAUACCAAGUGAGAGCGUGUCUUGACUUCAUUUCCUGAGAGUGUGACCUGUGUUCUGUUCUGUAUUGUGCUGGGAAUGCUCAAAGACAGGAAGUGUCCCGAGUCGGAUGGACUGAGGAGACGAAAGAGCUGUUGCUUGAAUGUGUUCUUCUUAUGUGCGGUACACUAGAGUCAGACAUCUGAGCCUUGGUCUCCGAUCAAGAUCAAGAAGGGCCAAACACAUAUGCAAACACACACACACAUAUACACACACACACACACACACACACACACACACACACAUGCUCGGACCCUCUCUCUGUUACCUGGAAAAUUGAGUCUGCAUCCAGCUCUUCAUUAAUUCAGUUGACAGUUCAUCCCUAUGACUGCUUUUCAACAAAGAGCCUUGGACAUCCAUUUUAUAAUAAGGUGUCUGGACUGCAAUAUACAAUCCCGAUAUUGUAUGUGGUUGGACCACCUACAAUUGGACCAAUAAGAAUGCAUCGUAUGGUCUAUGAGUACACAAAGAGGGUGUCUGUUAUUUCCUACAAUAGAAAAUUCAAUGCCACUGACUCAAAAGAGAGCUGUCAUGAAUUUGAUGGCUGUAAUAUCCUGCACUGGCUCGAUUUUUCUUUUGCUUUUAUCACUUGUACAUAGAUUUAACGUCUGCAGAUGUUCUGUGUGACGUCUAAGGAGCUAAUCCAUCUUAUGUAUGCAGACGGAGUGCGUUAAUGGCCAGUGUCAUCAGACAAAAGGUGGUUUACAGUUUGACCCUGACAUUUGCCCUCCAAUAAUUGAACAAGAGAAGCACUAAUGGAGAUUCACAGUUGCAUUCAGAGACUGCAACAAUGGCAACCCUUAACUGGAAACACAGGAGUGGAAUGAUACAUAGGGAGUCAAUUUCUAACCAUUUAUCUUCACUCUGACUUGUAUUUGUCAACUGGUUACUGUUUAGCAGUUUUGUGGACCUUUGGCUAAAUGUGGUUAUCUAAGUGUUUAAUUGAUGCAGCAUCCUGGACUUUUAUUUGCAGUUUCAGCAAUGGACCGAUUUCACUCUGGUGACCCUACAUCCAUACAUGUGGGCAUGUAUGUAAUGGAACAAAUGAGUGAAAUUCCUGAAACAACGAGUUAUUACUUCUCUCAUCUAAUCAGUCUGAAUACAAAUAUUCGUAUAAUAUAAUUCACAUAAUAUUUUCUAAUAAGUAAUAUGUCCAAAUGAUGUUUUUCCUAAAGUUUCAUACAGUCAAUAAAAUAAAUGUAUAUUAUUUUUCAAUUCAUCAUUUAUUCAUUAAAUGAGUGGAGAGAGCCUUACUUAAGUAAUCAUUAGCCAGUCGUCGUGCACAAGCAUUGCUUGGCUGUUAGAGUCUAGGAAUGGUACCACCAUAUUAAAGCCAAAUUAAUUAGACUCACACUGGGUCAGUGUAUUUUUGGAAGGUCAGUUAAAAAAAGACUCAGAAACCCCUGCUGAAAAAUGUGUUUUGGUCUGACCAGGUACCAGCUGCUACACACAGAGCAAAACAGUCAAACUGAUAUACCGUCUUAGCCAGCUGACAAGUUAUUUCAGCUUCUUUAUUUGCUUAAGUAGUUUAGUUGACCAGUGAGUAUUGUUAAGUUAUUUACCAAAAAUAACAAUGUAGCAUUAAUAGUAAUGGCUCAAACUGUUUCCUUCCUAAUAGCACUCACCAGCUGGCACAGACCUUGUCCCAGUUUGACCAGCUUGAUUCUGUCUUUUGGCAGCUCAUAGCUGAUUGGACCAAGCUGGAUUUUGUAGGAGAAUAAAACUAAAUUAAAACAGCCAAACGUCUGUGUAUACAUGACGUGUUCUGCUUUAUAAAAUGCUGUGGAAUAUCAACAAGCUGAACUGCAAAAUCAGGUAAUGCAGGAAAAUUAUGUAGGUAGAGUAUUUAAAUGUGCAUAAUUGAAGAUUUGCAGUGCAUUAUUAAUCACUGCUUAAUACCCCAGCAUUAAUAAAGCACAGAAUUAAUGUGCUGUCACUCUGAUUGUAUGCAAACUACACAGCCACAGCUGAACUGAAUAGAUUGGGCACUGCUGGUAGCUAUAUGAAGUCUAGUGCUAUGUUUUUAUACUGUAAUACUUCAUAUAUGUACAGGCUUUGUUCAGCAUCCCAGUUUUAUCUAUUUGGAUAUAUAUGGAGAGCUUGUUAGUAAUCCCUCAGCAUUUUAUGAUGUCAUUUUGAGUUGGUUUUGAGAUUAUGAAUUAAAAUCAUAAAAUUUUAUUGGCAUUAAUGAGAGCAUCUAUCUAGAUCUAGAUUCUAUCCAAAUCAGUAGGAUGGUCAACACACAUGGAUAGGUUUGGACACAGCUUUUCCAGUAUGCUAAAAAUGGUAAGGAGUGCAACAAAUGUUGCAUGGGGUAAAUAGGGAAAAAUUUAAAUGAUUAAAGGUGUUGGAAUCAAUAAAAAUAGGAAAGGUCAGAAGUUGAAAUUAUAGGGGGUAGUAAAGGAUAAACAGACAGUUAAUAUAUAUUUAUUUUUCAUUUAUUUUAUUGACUGGUUCAAUUAACUUAUUGACUGCUAGGAAAUAAUCUGAUGUUUUUAUUCACUCUAUCAUUAAUUCUUCUAUUCAAUUUUAUACAGGCGAUAUACGAUAUACCUAUUAAAAUGUAUAAUGUUUUAUUUGAUCCACACACAUUUCCCUAACAUACAACCUCGAUUUAUCUGAUGCUAUACUUGCACUCCUCAUAUAAUGCUCUAACUGCAGAGCUGCUAAAAAUGUCAUACUGGAGAUUCAUCAGGUUAAUUGUCAUAAAAACCACACACAAGAUUUUAGUGCAGCUGCUUUGCCAUUUUUAUAGCUGUGCAUAUGUCAUCCCAGAUGUUGGGCUUUUGAGGUGAUGUUGAGUGACAGUCUCUCUAGCCAAUGGCAUCCAGCAGAGUCCAAGAUUCCAAGCCAACAAGCUGGUUUAGAGAGUCAAGGGAAUCCAGUGAAUGGUCUGACAGAUGGAAGAGUUUAUAAUUGGAACAAGUUAUUGAGGGCUCAUCCAGAGAAUUUCAAUAACCUGUCUUUUCUUUUACAACCCUGAACUAUGUGAGAAAGUGCCUGGACCCUCAUAUUGGAAAUGAAUAGUAUAUGUACAUAUGGAUGUAUAUUUGUUAAUGUGAAUAGUAUGUGAAUAAAUCAAUACGUGCUUGGCCACAUUUAAAAGUAAAUGAUAAAAAAAAAAAGUUGAAUGUAUUGUACUGUAUAUUACCUUUUGAUUCAUUCAUGUGCCACCAAAUGAUAUAAUGCAUCUAUCACCUGCUGUGGAGAUCAAACAAGAGCCACCUAAAGCCCCUCCAUGAAGCCCACCUGUAGUCAUCUCAGACAAUUCUUUCAUUCUGUUGCUCAUACAGUAUUAGAGACAUUUGCCAUUUCAUGUUCUUUUGUACAGCAUGUUGUUCAAUGGUCCAGUGUGCUUAUUCAGACAGCGUGGAAAAACAGUGGACUUUUGCCAUCUAGUCUGAUACGGAAACAGCCUUUGGGCAGUUUCUUCCAUGUUGUCAUGAUUAUUUUUCCUCUUUUUUGUAAGUGUUUGUGUAUGGUGCUGAAUGGACUGAAAAGAAUAUUGUGUUUUUGACCAUGUAUUUGUGGGUUUGCAAGGGGAUAUGGAAGCAGACAUGACACAGAGCUUUGAGGGUUGGAGGGGAUUUUUUUGUCUUUAAAAGAAGAUGAAUAAAAGGUUCUACAAUGGAA